AUGUCGUGCUACUGGGUUGGCGAAGACACAAACAUGUUGUUUGUGACAAGUCUGAUGCUAUCGUUGGCUGUGGAAGAGUGUCACCUUCACAAGCGGAUUGCCUUGAAAAUGCUGACAUUCGUCGGCGCAAAACCUCAGUGGCUCUUGGCUGGUUUCAUGAUGAUUACGUCAUUUAUAUCACUAUGGAUCUCGGACACGGCCUGUGCGGCUCUCAUGGCCCCAAUCGCAUAUGCACUUCUUGAAGCGAUCAUGAUCCACAAGAUGGCACCUCUGUCGAUGAACGGCCACGACCAUUGGCUUUUGCAGGACGCGAUGGCGAACAUGUAA